UACGAAGUCGCGGGCGGCCGCUAGUUUUAAUAUAAAAUACUUAUACCUACCUUUAAUUUGGGUUUUUGGGCAAAUCGUCGGGCAUUUUUUGUAUUUCUAAAAUUGGAAGUGUUUAACAAUGAACAUCCCAGACGUGUGACGGAAGGGUAUAUACGUAGUUUUAUUUCAACUAGAUGUUUUAUCUCAUUUUAUCUACAUAGUUAAAUCUCAUAUUGUUUUCAGGUACGAAGCCAAAAGUCUGCCAAAAUUUCAAACGUGCGCACAUAACCAAAAGUCUUUUAGAUGCACAAUACUAACAUCCCAAGACAUCAGAAGAUUUCAUCGAAACUUUUACAAGUGUAGUACAAAAAUAACGCAAGAUUCAUUUAUAUUAAAAUAUUGCAAUGUUAAAACAAGCAAAAAACAAAAAACCAAUAGCAAGAGGCAGAUUGCCACAAAAUACCACAUUAUUAAUAAUCGAGGACAAAUGAUACCGGUUUGCCAAAAAACAUUUCUUGAUGCACUUAUGAUAAAGAAAGAUAGAGUAAAGGGUGUUCUGAGCAGAUUUUACAAAAGUGGCGGAAAUCAUCCCACAGAAAAAAGAGGCGGUGAUCAUAGAAGCGCAAGGUAUGAAGCAAAGAACUUGUCUGUUCAAUGGUUCAUUGAAAAGUUUAAAGGACAAGAAAGUCAUUAUUGUCGGUCCAAAACGCAAAGAUUGUACCUACCAUCCGGCCUUAACAUACGCAAAAUGUGGCGUAUGUACAACAACGAGCGCGAGAAUGAUUUGAAAGUGAAGCAAGGCUUUUUUCGCAAAAUAUUCAACUCUAACUACAAUAUUGGUUUUAAAAGUCCAAGAACUGAUGUUUGCUCCACCUGCAUAUCUUUAGAAGAGAUAAUAAAAAAUGAAAACAAUCCCGUUAAAAAACUAGAAGCGAUGACUCAGAAAAGAAUUCACCGAUUAAAAUAUAAAGCUUUUUAUUCCAUUUUGCAAAAGGAGGACAAAUCCAUGAAAACAAUAACCUUUGACUGUCAGAAAAAUCAAGCCCUACCCAAGGUUCCAGACCAGUCUGCGUAUUACAGCCGACAAUUUAGUUUUUACCAUUUCGCAAUAGUUGAAGGAAGUUCGAAGGCCAAGCUUGAUAAAAAAAAUGUUCAUUCAUAUUACUGGAAUGAAACGAUUCACAGCAAGGGAGGAAAUGAAAUAAUAAGUGCUGUGUACCAUUUCUUACAGAACACCACUUUUGACGAGGAAAUUAAAACUCUACGUGUAGUUUGUGAUGGAUGUUCAGGACAGAACAAAAACACCGGGAUGAUAACCAUGUUAGGAAAGUGGUUGUAUUCUGAAGCUCCGAGACAUGUAAAAAAAGUUGAACUGAUUUUUCCCGUUGUUGGACAUUCGUUUAUCCCGCCAGAUCGUGUAUUUGCGAAAAUAGAGAAGACCUUAAAGAAAAAAGAGGUCGUCACGUGUCCUUCAGAGUACGUGAAUGUGCUGAAAGAACAUGGAACUGUCAUUGACCUUUCAUGCAUUCCCGUGUUAAACUGGAAAAAGAGUUACGAAACUAUAAUUAAACCAACCACUGCCUGGCAUUUUCCAUUCAUGAAGUCAAAACGUUUCUUUCUAACUCGCACUAAAACUGAAAAUAUUUUUGUUCAAGGAGAAGUGGCAUACAAAUCUGAAAUCAACCUUAAGAAAGUAGUUACAAAAAAGAACAAAAAAAUUACAAUGAUUUCACCUGAAAUUGUUGAGCCUAAUUCUAUAACACCGAAGAAAUCCAAAGUCGUCGACGUCACUAAACUUCUUCAAAAACACUUUGGCACUGACUGGAGGAUUUUACCUGAUUUGGAAUUUUAUAAAAAUAUUGAGGAACGAUUGCAAGGUCUGGAUUUGAACAGGUUUGGUGACGUCCCGGAGACACUUGGCGAUGACGAGGACCACCUGUGUGAACAUGGUUUUGAAGAUGUUUUCAAUUGUAUUUAAUUUAUUAAAGUU